CCGCCCAUCCCAUCCGCCGCCGCGUUUUAGCGCUGUCCGCGGUGCUGAUCGCCAAUCUCCUGAUUGCCGUUUCGACCAGCUAGGAUCUCUGGUGCGCCCAAUCUCUCCUCGCGGCCUCCUACCUCUCUUUCUCCAGGCACCUCACACUUAAAUCACGGGUGGAAGGCAGGCUCGGUUCCCCUUGCGCCUGGAAGCUGCUGCCCCCUCCCUUGCUCACACCGGGUUUUGCAGCAGUGGCGGCAGCUGCCACUGAUUCCGGCUCUGGGGAAGCGAUUGAUACGUCUACUGCCAGCAGCGCAGAGUCGUCUACGCGGACGACAGAGAGAAACAGGAAGAGAGAGAGAAAGAGAGGAGAGAGAGAGAGAGAGAUUGAUUCACAGAGCAAAAACCAUCCAUGUGGAGGGCAGUCUGAGGGAGCCACUGUGUACCUUCUUCACUGAGUGGUCUGAGUUUCCUCCUCUUCUGGCAGUGGCAUCUCCGCUGAGCUUUCAAACCAAGUCAUCCGGAGUUAGCAUUUUCCCACCCGGCAGGGAAGAGAGGAGUUGGCAAGAAUUUGGCUCACCCAUUCCCCCUGCAAUCCUCUGGUGUCUUGCAGAAGCUGUUGGAAGUAGCUGGCAGUUCUCUGAGAGCACUGGGCUUCUACCAUGACUGACACCGUGUUCAGCAACAGCUCUAGCCGUUGGAUGUGUCCCAGUGACCGACCCCAGCAGUCAAAUGAUAAAGAACAGCUCCAGACGGGAUGGUCUGUUCACCCCAGUGGUCAGGCAGACAGAGGGAGGAAGCAGGAAGAGCUGACAGAUGAGGAGAAGGAGAUCAUCAACAAGGUGAUUGCUCGUGCUGAGAAGAUGGAAGAGCUGGAGCAGGAGCGCAUCGGGCGCCUGGUGGACCAUCUGGAGAACAUGAGGAAGAACGUGGCUGGGGACGGGGUGAACUGCUGCAUACUGUGUGGAGAACAGCUGGGGAUGCUGGGCUCUGCCUGUGUAGUGUGUGAGGACUGUAAGAAGAAUGUCUGCACCAAGUGUGGGGUGGAGACCUUCAACAGCCGCCCACACCCUGUGUGGCUCUGCAAAAUCUGCAUCGAGCAGAGAGAGGUGUGGAAGCGCUCUGGAGCAUGGUUCUUCAAGGGCUUCCCCAAACAGGUCCUCCCACAGCCUAUGCCCAUAAAGAAGACCAAGCCCCAGCAGCCAGCCAGUGAGCCCGCUGCUCCUGAGCAGCCCACCCCUGAGCCCAAACACCCUGCCCGGGCUCCAACUCGAGGUGACUCUGAUGACAGGAGGGGCCCAGGUCAGAAGACAGGCCCUGACCUGGCCUCUGCUCCUGGGCAAGGAAGCUAUGGGCCUCCUGUGCGCAGGGCCUCCGAGGCACGAAUGAGCUCAUCUAGCCGGGACUCAGAGAGCUGGGACCAGAGCCACGGCGGAGCUGCUGGUGACCCCAGCCGGGGCUCAGCAGGUUUGAGACGGGCCAACUCAGUCCAGGCCUCUAGACCCACCCCGGCCUUGAUACAGAGUCCAGCGCCCCCCCAGCCUGGGCAGCCAGGACCCCCAGGAGGCAGCAGACCCAGUCCCGGGCCAGCAGGACGUUUUUCAGAUCAGAGACCAGAGGUGGCUCUGAGUGACCCCGCCUGUACAGGGGCCACCGCCCCACCACGAGAGGAGAGAGCGGGGGGAGUUGGGGGCUAUUCGGCAGUUGGAGCCAGGGAGGACCAAGCGGGCCACCCACUGGGUCCCUAUUCCCAAGCGUCUGCUGCUGCUCCCCAGCCAGCCGUGGUCCCAGCCCGCCAGCCCCCACGCCCAGCGGAGGAGGAGGAGGAGGAGGAAGCCAACAGCUAUGAUUCAGAUGAAGCAACCACCCUGGGUGCCCUGGAGUUCAGCCUUCUCUACGACCAGGACAACAGCUCCCUGCACUGCACCAUCAUAAAGGCCAAGGGACUGAAGCCCAUGGAUUCCAAUGGCUUGGCCGAUCCCUACGUUAAGCUGCACCUCCUGCCGGGAGCCAGCAAGUCCAACAAGCUUCGUACCAAAACCCUGCGGAACACCCGAAAUCCCAUCUGGAAUGAGACUCUGGUCUAUCAUGGCAUCACGGCUGAAGACAUGCAGAGGAAGACCCUCAGGAUCUCUGUCUGUGAUGAGGACAAAUUUGGCCAUAACGAGUUUAUCGGUGAGACCAGAUUCUCGCUCAAAAAAUUGAAGCCCAACCAGAGGAAGAACUUCAAUAUCUGUCUGGAGCGGGUGAUCCCGAUGAAGCGUGCUGGAACCACCGGGUCAGCCCGAGGCAUGGCCCUUUAUGAGGAGGAGCAGGUGGAGCGUAUUGGUGACACAGAGGAACGCGGCAAGAUCCUGGUGUCCCUCAUGUACAGCACACAGCAGGGAGGCCUCAUUGUGGGCAUCAUACGCUGCGUGCACCUGGCGGCCAUGGACGCCAAUGGCUACUCAGAUCCAUUCGUCAAGCUCUGGCUGAAACCAGAUAUGGGAAAGAAAGCCAAACAUAAGACUCAAAUUAAGAAGAAAACGUUGAAUCCUGAAUUUAAUGAGGAAUUUUUCUACGACAUCAAACAUAGUGACCUGGCGAAGAAGUCACUGGACAUCUCAGUCUGGGACUACGACAUUGGCAAGUCCAAUGAUUACAUCGGAGGCUGCCAGCUGGGGAUCUCAGCCAAGGGAGAGCGCUUAAAACACUGGUACGAGUGUCUGAAAAACAAGGACAAGAAGAUAGAACGCUGGCACCAGCUACAGAAUGAGAACCACGUGUCAAGCGAUUAGGAUGGCGCCCAGGUCCCCACCUCCAUGCCCCAGCCCAUGCCCCGUCACCCCACAGCCUGUCCCAGCUGCCCGUUGCACUCUGGUCUCUCUUCUCUACGCCUCCCCCAACCCCAUCACUCCUGGAGCCUGCCUUUGAAGUCUCCCCCGCACCUUGGACAUUGCCACCAAAAACCUCCCCUCUCCUCAACACUGCAAUGCGGGCUCUGAAUGCAGCCCCUCUCUGAUCCCUCCAGGAUGGAGCCAUAGGGAUGGGGAUGGGGAGAUUUUCACAAGGAGGUUGUUAAUUUAACAACCUCUCAGCCUGGGUAAAUUACAGAGGCUCUUCAUCAUUUAGGACUGUUUCUAGACCCUCCUGGCCUUGGACACACGCACAUAACACACACACACACACACACACACACACACACACAACUUGUUUUCUAUGUCGACAUCCACCUAUACCCUCAGUUGUCAGCAGAGCCAGACAAGGCUGUGAGGAUAAGCAUUUGGGCAGAAAUAGAGCAUCUCAAGUCCCUCCACCUCUUCACAUCAUACACCCCAAUUGCCACAAAACAGACCCCCAUGUUUAAACUCCCCGGUGACUAGGAACACACCCUCCUGGCUCCAGGUGCAUCAAGAAAUGACCACGCAGAAUACCCAAAGGAACUGGGUAGCCCCCCCUCUUUCAGGAUGUCCCCUAUUUGCUUCCUAGCAGAAAUGAGCUCCCAUUCUCUACCACCCACCCACUCCCCUUCUCCUCUUUCCCCUUCCCUUAGCCCAAGGCCACGUUCACCUCUCCCUUCCUCACCCUCUCACCUGUUCUCUCUACUCCCACCUCUCGCCCCUUCUCCUUUCUCCCUCUCUGAGGGGGUAAAAUAGCAAAAGCAAAAAAGUGUAUCUUAACACAGCCUCACCUCCUCGCCGCCUCUCACCAGCCUGACCAGCAAAUGCUGAGAAACUGGCAAAUCCCUGAACUUCCAUGUAGGUCUAAGCUUCUACAACCACCCACUUCUCCCCUUGGCAGAGCCGGGUGUCCUCGGGCCUUGGGCUGCUGCUGGCGCUGCCCUGGGUGCAUGGCAGCAUCCUGCAAGCUGUGUAGACACCCCGUAGAGGGGCUUUCUCAGCCCCUGGCCUCCCCAAGUGGGCGCAGAACGUGUUUAAACCAGAGGUCUGGGUUCCAGGAGGCCUCUCCAAAGCCCCUAGCCUUUCUCCUUCCUUUGCUCUUAGCUAAAUGAACAAAUGACCCCCCCCACUCUCUCUCUCUCUCCCUCCCUCUCUCUCUCUCUCUCUCUCUCUCUCAGACUCUCUUGCAUCCUGUCUCUCACUCAGAAUCGCCUCUGGUCUCUCUGUCUCUCUAUCUCUUGCACCCUCUUCAUUGUGUCAGGAGAACAAAACACCACCAUGGACAUAAAACUUUAGAGAGUGACAGAUCCUGACACCAAAGGCUUUUGUUCCAUCAUGAAUUGUUCAGUCUUUCUUCCUAAAAAUUAAGAAAAAAAAUUUUUUUUUCAAAGGAGGAAAAGGCAACGAGGACAAACAUUAUAAGGUUCACGGUCAGGUCAUCUUCAGUGCCCUGUGAGAAAGGUUUGAUUUUUCCCAAUUUCCAGUAAGUCUUCCUUCAUGAAAAUUGCCCCCCCUCUCCAGUACCCCACCAUUAUCUAUAGAAGUAGCCAGAGGGACACUAAAACUCUCACUUUCUCCAAACACACAUCUUUUAACCUUCCAUUUCUGGGCCCUCCACCCCUAGCUCCCUUGACAAGUUAUUGGAAGUCAUUGAUUUCUUGCCUUGAACAACCAUUUUCUAGACCCCAGGUAUUUCGCCUUCUCCACGAUGGCCAGCAGCUUCCUGGCUGCCAUCUUCCCUCCUGACCCUCUCUCUCCAGUGGCCCCCUUGGAGUGCCCACUCUCAGCCCGCCUCCUGUUCAUGGUUUGCCCUUAGGAGGAAGCAUGCUGGCUGUGUCUCCCAGGCCUAACGCUGGCAUUGGUGCUGGACUCAGCAUGCGGCUAGCUCACAGUGCCUCUGUCCAGGCGCGCCCCCUCCCUGAUAAAUGUAAGCACCUUUCUGCUGGAACACACACACACACACACACACACACGCACACACACUACACACGUACACACACACGCCCUCUGGUGCAUGCAGAACCACCCAUCGCCUUUCUUUGUGAUGAUGUAGCCAAAAAUAAAGUAGGAAUAUCCAGGAAAACUGAUGGCCUGGGUUUUUCCUCUCUGGUUUCUGGAAGCUCUUUCUCCCCACCAACACACAUGAUGUUACCUGGAUAGUCAGUAGUUAAUGAGCAUCUACCAUGUUCCAGCCACUGGGGAUACAGCAGUAAACAAGGCAGAUGCGGUCCCUGCCCCCGUGAAGUUUGCUUUCUGAUGGAUAUCAUCUUGGAAAGGUGGGCUCCAGCCAACUUGACUGACCUCACGUCCUCCUGGAAGAAUGCUUUUUGCUGGUGUCCACCCAAUAAGAAGGCAGCAUCCUCAUCUUUUCCCGACUAACCGAACCUUGGGGAAAACUCCCUAGUGGUCAUGGAAUGAGAUAAUUUCAAGGCUGAAAGAGACCACAGAGUUGAGCCAGAGCCUGGUUCAGUCAGCUCACUUAUCUGACAGAUGAAUAACCCAAAGCCCAGAGAAGGGAAUGGGCACAUCCAACAUCUCAUGGCUGCAGUGCCAGGAAAGGAGCUAGAUCGUUGGACCCCCUGUGCAAUGCUCUUAACGCACUGAUUAUAAGAAGGCAGAUCACCAAACACCUCUUUUAUAUUGAAGCACUUUCCAUCCUGCGAUGAGCCUUUUCAGAAAUGACCCCUUAUGUGAGAUUCUCAACAGUCCUGAAAGUGAGCUAACUUUUAACUGGAAAGUAACUAACUUUCCAGAAGGAUUUUUAAACUCACUACAAGUGAGAUUUUCAGCUUACAUCAAAAGAGCUUAAGCAACUCAUCAGGAAGAUUGGUUGCUUCUCAGAAGGAGCUGACAAUUCCAUCCAACGGAAAUUUCUCUUCCAUGCCAAGUUUGAGGCAAUUUCCUUUUCUCACUCCCAAAAGGGUGGUUCUCACUGUUGGGGGCAGAAGUUGGCAUAUUAGAAUCACCUGGGGAGAUAAUAUUUUUCAAACUACCUAUGCUCUCCCUGCCACCAUCGCCCCUUCCUGCAGAUUCUGCUACACCCUGGGGACCAGAGGUAUAUUUGAAAAUAUUUCCUGGUUGAGGGCUUGGGCUUCCCACCUCCAUCGUGACUUUGCAAACCACUGCCCUAAAAGUCCAUCAUUUUACCUACGAUUCAGUCAGCUGCCACUAAGUGGAGAGGGGUGCCAGUCAGGGCCACACAGGCCUCUCGGGAUGGCAGGAAACCCUACUUGCCGCGCUCUUUCCCUGUGCUCAUGGUGGAUCACUAAUCAAUGUGGCAUUUUCCCCACAGAACCCACCAGCAGCAUCUGCAUCCUUCUCAACACAGCAGCCUACCCCUGGCAGCCACCACCAGUCAGUCAUGGGCAGCUGAGAAGAAGCCUAAUUUCCACCUCUGAAAUGGUAGAUCUCCUUCCCUCAGCGUGGGACAUGCUUAACAGGCUGAGAUGAAUACACAUGAGGAAAGCUUUCAUAAAUAUCAGUACACCUAACUUGACUAAUUUUCUUUUUUUCCCCACUGAAACCAAACAUAGUGUAAGAGGCAACGUGGUGUGGUAGAAAUCACCUGACCAGAAAAGCACACCAGCUUCUUAAUCCACUCAGUGCAACAUUCCGAUCCUGACUGUCACUUACUAGCUGUGGAACCUAACCUCUCUGAGUCUCGGUUUCCUCAUCUGGAAAAUGGGGACGAUAUGUGAGCUUGAGCAAGUCCCUUCCU